AUAAACGCUUUGGCAAAUCGUGCCGCCGGCAAAGGUUAUGAAAAUGAGGCAUUCUAUGAAAAUAUAAAAUUCCACUUUCUCGGUAUUGAGAAUAUUCACACACAAAGGACAAGUUUACAGAAAUUGAUUGAAGCCUGCGAACAGAAAGCACCAACAAUGAGCGGUUUCCUUAAUGCAUUGGAAUCAUCGGGUUGGCUAAAGCAUAUACGCUCCAUAUUGGAUACGUCAAGCUUUAUUUCAAAUGUCGUCGACAAAGGUGUCUCUGUUGUGGUUCAUUGUUCAGAUGGUUGGGAUCGUACCGCACAAGUUUGUUCUUUGGCUGCAUUGAUGUUGGACCCAUAUUAUCGUACAAUAAAAGGUUUUCAGGCACUCAUCGAAAAGGACUGGUUGGCAUUUGGUCACAAAUUCAGUGAUCGCUGCGGUCACAUACAAAAUGAUCCACGUGAAGUUUCACCCAUAUUCACACAAUUCUUAGAUUGUACAUGGCAGCUGAUGUCACAGCGUAGUGAUGCUUUCGAAUUCAAUGAACGUUUUCUGCUAAUACUACACGAUCAUGUGCAUUCGUGUCAAUUUGGGACCUUCGUUGGUAACUGUGAAAAGGAUCGUUUAGAUUUACAAUUGGCCAAGCGUACAUUUUCACUGUGGGGCUAUAUGUCAAAUCAUUUGAAUGAAUAUAUAAAUCCGCUGUAUAAACCCGAUGUGGAUGAGACAAUUAAACCCAAUCUGGCACCACAAUGUAUUAAAUUUUGGCGGGGCAUGUAUAGCCGUUUUGAAAGCGGCGUUCAUCCCCGUGAACCAUUGGGAGAUCUAUUGCUUGCCAGUAAGGAUCACACCACCUCGUUGGAGGAUCAUGUACAACAUUUGACUAAGCGUAUUACUAGCUUUAAGAACUACAUUUCCAAAUCAGCAAAGAAAAUCCAAGAUGCUACAUCCUCGAAAUCAACAACCAAAGAAUCUUCAGCAACGGAUACCAAUGAUAAUAAAUAUAAUUAUGAUAAGAAAAUGAGUGAAUUAUCAUCGGCAGAUGAUGAUCAUCCCUUGAAACCUUCAGGUGGUAGUAAUGGUGGUGCUAAUACCAGUAGUGGUGGUGGUGGCAUAUCCUUUGCUAGUUUAUCGCUUUCCGAUGAAGUUGAUCCCAGUACCAUACAUGAAGAAAUCAAUUCGGUAGCUGUUGAUUGGAAAUCCAUGCGCAAUGUUACAGCCUGUUCAUGCUCAACGCCAUUCGAUCAAUUUAGUAAGAAAACUCACUGCUGGAAAUGUGGUGAAAUAUUCUGUGAACGGUGUAUCGAUAAAAAUAUUCCCCUACCCGGACAGGAUAGCGGUAAACCGGUGCCCGUUUGUCGUACGUGUUUUCGUCUGGUACAGAAGAUUAGCCCAUAAAUUUAUGAUGAAACACAAAUUGUUUAGUCAAACGGAAUUCCUGUAUCGCUUGUAUACCAAGCGUAAGUCUGCUGUGUUAAAUGUUUGGGAUAACUAAAAAAGAAAGCAAAAAAAAAAACAACA